GUUAUCCCAGUUAUCUCCCUUGUCAUGAUGGCGACUCGCCAACAGACAAACAUUUGGUGACAAUCCGUUACUGACACUAUGUGUUGCUGAUUGCGAAGAGAGAGACAUCAGAGGCUAUAAGAGUAUCUUUCACCAUCCAUUCUGUACUAAUUACCCUCUCCUUUAUUUUCUUAAACCAUGGCCGAUGUUCCAGACAGGUUGUGUUAUGUGUACAGUUGUGACCUGGACGUUAAUGUCGAGAUCAAAAUUGGAACUCUUGAAGGAUGCCGGAAAAGACCAAGCUAUAAAGAUUUCCUGAAUGACCCAAUUCUAAAAUUUUCUGGGGCCUACAUUGAUGGAUGUUCUGAUCUUUAUGUCACAUGUCAAAUAUUCUCGGACACAAGGCCAUUAUCACUUCCAGUCCAAACGUCUUUUAAGUCAUUCACCACCAGAUGGAACUGGAAUGAGUGGCUAACAUUACCCGUCAAAUACAGUGAUCUUCCAAGGAAUGCUAUGCUAGCUCUAACAGUGUGGGAUCUCUAUGGCACCAAUAAGUCUGUGCCAGUUGGCAGCACAGUUAUCAGUAUGUUUGGUAAACGAGGAACAUUCCGUCAAGGCAUGCAUGAUCUACAGGUGUGGCCAAAUGUUACUGCUGAUCCAUGUUCAAUCUCUACCACACCUGGGAAAUCUAAGGACAAGAACGAUCAGAUGAGCCGCUUACUGAAGUUGAGCAAAAAGUACCGUGAUGGUCACAUGGUGAAGGUCGACUGGCUGGACAGGCUAACGUUCCGAGAGAUUGAGAUGAUCAACGAGAAACAAAAGAGGAACUCGAAUUUCAUGUAUCUCAUGAUUGAGUUUCCCUACAUAAACUUCGAUAACACUGAAUUCACGGUGGUUUACUUCGAGAAAAACGGUGAUAAAACUUACUAUUUCCGAACCCAUGCUGAAGUUGUGACAGUGCCUGACCACGAAAUAAUGUUGGAGAAUCUAGUGGAAAGCAAACACCACAAACUUGUGAGAAGCCUUCGACGUGGUCCAACGGAUCGUGACAUGAAACCAGAUGCUAAAACAAGGGACCACCUCAAUGCUAUCUGCAGUUAUCCCUCUACGAAAGCUUUAACAUCAGAAGAACAAGAUUUAGUUUGGAAAUUCCGUUUUUACCUCAGUAGUCAAAAGAAGGCCUUAACAAAGUUUCUGAAAUGUGUCAACUGGAGUUUGCCUCAAGAAGUAAAACAAGCUCUCGAGCUCCUUCUCAAGUGGAACCCAAUGGAUGUAGAAGACGCUCUUGAGCUUUUCUCACCUGCAUUCACCCAUCCUGCUGUCCGAAAAUAUGCUGUGUCUCGUUUAGCCCAGGCUGAUGAUGAGGAUUUGCUCCUUUAUCUGCUGCAACUGGUCCAGGCUCUCAAAUAUGAAAACUCUGAAGAAAUUAGAAAGGGUUUCGAAACAUCUCCGCCUCGAACGGAAACAUCUGAUGUGAUGGAAGGAACAAUUACAGAACGAGAACGCUCACAGAGCGUUGAUUCGUUCCUUGAUGCUUUAUCUGGAACAACCACUCGACCAGAUGAAAGUCCUGAAAGUAAACUAGAGAGAGAGAUGGAUCUUGCCACGUUUCUCAUCUCCCGUGCCUGUAACAACAACAAACUAGCCAACUAUUUCUAUUGGUAUUUAUCAGUGGAGGUAUCAGACCAAGCAUCAUCUACCAAAGAGGGAGAAACUGAGAACAGCAUGUAUUUAUUCGUCAUGAAACGGUUUAGCCAUGCACUCAUCAAAGGAGGCAAAGAAUGUCGGUGGCGCCGUGCAAUGCUGGCACGCCAGUCUGUGUUUAUCGAAGGUCUUGUCAGUCUUGUAAAGAUGGUAGCACGUGAAGGUGGCAACCGGAAAAAAAAGAUUGAAAAGCUACAAGGAUUAUUAAGAGAUCCUCUCGAAGCAUUCAAGUUUAAUUUUGCUGAUUUUGAACCUCUACCUCUUCCUCUUGACCCUGAUGUAUUAGUGCGAGCUAUCAUACCUGAUAGAGCCUCGCUAUUUAAGAGUGCCUUGAUGCCCUCCCGCCUGUCUUUCUGUACAAGUGAUGGCAAUGAGUAUGUGACCAUUUUCAAACAUGGUGAUGAUCCCAGGCAGGACCAGCUCAUACAACAAAUACUCACACUCAUGGAUAAGCUGCUCAAACGAGAAAACCUUGACUUAAAAUUGACUCCCUACAAAGUACUUGCUACAAGUAAUAAAAAUGGUUUUGUCCAGUUUAUUGAGUCUGUGUCUGUGGCAGAAGCUCUGGCCAGUGAAGGCAGCAUUCAAAACUAUUUCCGUAAACAAGCUCCUGCUGAGGGGGUACCUUAUGGCAUAUCUCAGGAAGUGAUGGACAACUAUGUAAAAAGUUGUGCUGGUUACUGUGUUGUAACUUACUUGUUGGGUGUUGGAGACAGGCAUCUGGAUAAUUUGUUGCUUACCAAAACAGGUCGUCUUUUCCAUGUAGAUUUUGGUUACAUCUUGGGCCGAGAUCCAAAACCUCUUCCUCCACCAAUGAAACUCAGCAAAGAAAUGGUAGAAGCUAUGGGGGGAACCAAUUCUGACCAUUUCCAUGACUUCAAAAAGCUUUGCUACACAGCAUUUCUUCAUCUACGCAGGUCAUCUAAUUUAAUAUUAAAUCUCUUCUCUCUUAUGGUUGAUGCCAACAUUCCAGAUAUUGCUCUUGAACCAGAUAAAACAGUGAAAAAGGUCCAAGAUAAAUUUGCCCUUCACCUGACUGAUGAAGAAGCUGUCCAUUAUAUGCAAAAUUUGAUUGACGACAGUGUUUCAGCUAUAAUGCCUGCCUUUGUGGAGCAACUCCACAAGAUGGCUCAGUACUGGAGGAAAUGAGCAUGAGCAGGUGUUUUGGUUAAGAUGGCAACAUGAUGAUAUCUGUAAUAUCGAUAUGGACAGUGGGAUGGAUGUUAUCUACAAUCACAUGAGCAGUUAGUGUUAUCAACAAUAACAACAUUGACAUAUUUGGUGAUAUCGAUAUAAAUAUAAUUUGGUGUCAUUGACAGUGUCAACAUGAGACCAUGUGACGAUAUUUAUGGUAUCAACACAAACAGCUUGUAAUAUUAAUAGCAGCAACAUGAGAACACUAUGUGAUAUUUAAUAUAUCAACCUGACACUUAUUGCUACCAGUAAUAUCAACAAGGAUAGUCUGAAAUAUCAUGGAUACUUGGUGAUACCAUUAUUAUUAUUAUGUCAUACCUGGACAUGUUUUAGUUCAACAAUAUCAUAUUUUAUACAUCAAUAUGGCAUUCUUAUAAAUGGAUAUGAUGAGGUUCAGCUAUAUCCUGUUAGAAACACAUCCUCAGUGGUAUUAACAAUAUCAACAUUAUGUGUUGAUAUCAAAAAUCAUUUAUAUAACAACAAUAUCGUAUUGUACAUGGAUACCAACUUGUGCAUGAGCACUUGGUGUAAUAUCACUCAUAUUGUACAAAGAUAUUUAAGUGGUAUCAGUAAUAAUACUAUACCUGAACAAUUAGUGAUAUCAAAUAAUGUAUCUUGUUAUAUAUAUCUGAACAGUUGGUGAUAUCAAAAUAUCUCAUGUUGAUAAUGUUAUAUAUACACACACAUACAUUUACAAUUGUUGAUCUCCAAUGAUAUAGCAUGUUACAUAUAACUAUGCAGUUGUUGAUAUCAAGCGAUAUUUUAUUAUACACAUAUGCAUCUAGACCACUGGUGUUAUCAAAGCUAAACAUUAUACAUGUGUGUACAUGUGCAAUUAGUGAUAUCAAUAUAUCAUGUUAGUUGUACAACAUGUGGGUAUCAACGACAUCACAUACUACUCUACACAGACAACUUUGUGAUAACCAGUAAUAUCAUAUAAAAAAAACAUGGACACUGCCUGAUAUUAUUUUUUUUCCUUUCUCAUGAUCACCCCCCCCCCAUACACAAAAACUGUGAUACAAACCUGGUGAAGGAUGUUAUUGGAGACUUUGUCAUUUCUUUUUUGUUUCCUUCAUAUUUUUUCCUCUUCGUUUCUCUUGAGAAUUUUAUCUGUUUACCUUCCAUGACUAAUAAAUAAAAGAUUGAUGAUGAUGAUGACUGUCGACUGCACACUACAGAAAUUAUUUGUCCAAAUUGAAGAAAGAAACCAAAUUGAUUUUCUUCUGUUGUCUUUCUUUCUUUCUUUCUUAAUUUGUCUUUCUCUAUGCUUCUUUCCCUUUUUUUGUUUGUUUUUUUGGGGUUUUUUUCUUAUUUUUAUUUUCUCCCCACCCCAUUUUGUCUAUUGUCUAUGGAACUACAGACUACAGAACAAUCCAGGGCUCACACACUUGUUCUAAAACUCUGAACAACACAAAGACACAUGUACAAAAGUUUUUCUCUGGAAAUGUCCGAUACUUGCUGACUUGUGUAAAAAUUGGUGUCAUUUGCAGCAUUGGUGACGAUCAUUCUCUUUCCUUCUUCUCUACUCACCUCUUGCUCCAUACACACAUUUCCACAAUAAUGUAAGUUUAAAUUAAGA